UUGGCCCGGGAAGUGAAAGCGAAAGCGGCGGGCGCCGGGACGCCCUCGCUUGGAAGGCGUCGCCAGUGGACCAAAGGGGGAAACGAAGUUGAGGCCUCGGGAGUGGAUUUCAGAGCUCCGUCAGCAGCACUUCACGGAAAGACCUCGGGACUGCAGUCCCGAACCGCCGCUGGAUGAAGGCACCUGAAGGCCAGCUCCCACCAUGCGGCUCCCUGACCUGAGACCCUGGGCCUCCCUGCUGCUGGCGGACUCCGCUUUACUCUGGCUGCUUCAGGGGACUCUGGGGACGCUGCUUCCCCGAGGGCUUCCAGGCCUAUGGCUGGAAGGGACCCUGCGACUCGGAGGACUGUGGUGGCUGCUAAAGCUGGGAGGGCUGCUGGGAUUUGUGGGAACACUGCUGCCCCUGCUCUGCCUGCUGGCCCCCCUGUUCCUGUCCCUGAGGGCCCUGGUCCCGGGGGCCUGGAGUGCUCCCCCAGUCAGAGUGGCUUCAGCCCCUUGGAGCUGGCUGCUGCUGGGCUAUGGGGCUGCAGGGCUAAGCUGGGCAGUGUGGGCUGUGCUGAGCCCUCCGGGAGCCCAGGACAGGGAGCAGGGCCAGGAGAACAACAAGGCCUUGAUGUGGCGGUUGCUGAAGCUCUCCAGGCCAGACCUGCCUUUCCUCGCUGCUGCCUUCUUCUUCCUUGUGAUGGCCGUGUGGGGUGAGACAUUAAUCCCUUACUAUUCUGGUCGCGUGAUUGACAUCCUGGGAGGUGAUUUUGACCCUGAAGCUUUUGCCAGCGCCAUCUUUUUCAUGUGUCUUUUCUCCUUUGGGAGCUCGCUGUCUGCCGGCCUCCGAGGAGGCUCCUUCACCUUCAUCAUGUCCAGAAUCAACCUGCGGAUACGGGAGCAGCUUUUCUCCUCCCUCCUGCGCCAGGACCUCGGUUUCUUCCAGGAGACUAAGACAGGGGAGCUGAAUUCAAGGCUAAACUCGGAUACCAAACUGAUGAGUUCCUGGCUUCCUCUUAAUGCCAAUGUGCUCUUGAGAAGCUUGGUGAAAGUGGUGGGACUGUACAGCUUCAUGCUCAGCCUGUCGCCUCGACUCACCUUCCUGUCUCUGCUCGAGGUGCCUCUCAUGAUGGCAGCCGAAAAGGUGUACAAUGUCCGCCAUCGGGCAGUGCUUCUGGAGAUCCAGGAUGCGGUGGCAAAGGCGGGGCAGGUGGUGCGGGAGGCAGUCGGAGGGCUGCAGACUGUGCGCAGUUUUGGGGCCGAGGAGCACGAGGUCUGUCGCUAUAAGGAGGCCCUUGAACGAUGCCGACAGCUGUGGUGGCGCCGAGACCUGGAACGGGCUCUCUACCUGCUCCUACGGAGGAUGGUGCACUUGGGGAUGCAGGUGCUGAUGCUGAGCUGUGGGCUGCAGCAGAUCCUGGCCGGGAACCUCACCCGGGGCGGGCUGCUCUCCUUUCUGCUCUUCCAGGAGGACGUGGGCCACUAUGUGCAUACCCUGGUGUACAUGUACGGGGAUAUGCUGAGCAACGUGGGGGCAGCUGAGAAGGUUUUUUGCUACCUGGACCGACAGCCAAAUCUGCCUCCACCGGGGACACUGGCCCCCCCCACUCUGCAGGGGCGAGUGGAAUUCCAGGAUGUGUCCUUUGCGUAUCCCAAUCGCCCUGACCAGCCUGUGCUCAAGGGGCUGACGUUCACCCUACAUCCCGGUCAGAUGACUGCACUGGUGGGACCCAAUGGGUCUGGGAAGAGCACAGUGGCUGCCCUGCUGCAGAAUCUGUACCAGCCCACCGGGGGGAAGCUGCUGCUGGAUGGCGAGCCCGUCUCCCAGUAUGAACACCGCUACCUGCACCGACAGGUGGUUUUGAUUGGGCAGGAGCCUGUGCUGUUCUCGGGUUCCGUGAGGGACAACAUCACUUACGGGCUGGAGAGCUGCAGUGACGAAAAGGUGAUGGCCGCUGCCCAGGCUGCCAGAGCUGAUGAGUUUAUAACAGAAAUGGAGCAUGGGCUGUAUACAGAUGUGGGGGAGAAAGGGAACCAGUUGGCUGUGGGACAGAAACAACGUCUGGCGAUUGCUCGGGCCCUUGUGCGGGACCCGCGGGUCCUCAUCCUGGAUGAAGCCACCAGUGCGCUGGACGUCCAGUGUGAGCAGGCUCUGCAGGACUGGCAGUCCCGCGGGGACCGGACGGUGCUGGUGAUCGCUCACAGGCUGCAGACGAUUCAGAAAGCUGACCAGAUCCUGGUGCUCAGGCAGGGGGAGCUGCAGGAGCGCGCCCAGCUCAUGGAGGGGCAGGACCUCUACUCCCGCCUAGUGCAGCAGCAGCAGCUGCAGGACUGAGGCCCGGGGACACUGCGCCCCCUCGUGGCCAUCGUCAUGACCCGAGCAGCGCCCGCUUGGGGUCUCCCUGCGGCGGUGCCUCUGGUACCCUAGUUAGUUGUUCCUGAAGCUGGAAGGAUGAUGGACAUUUGGACCACGUGUGCUUUUGCCAGGGCCGGGGACGGGGUGCUGAUGAACAGAGCUUUGUCUGGUGGCAUAAUAAGUAUAUUUUAAAAUAUUUUUCCUUAUUAUAUAAAUAGCACACAUUCAUACAGAAAAAUAAACCUGACCCUUGUUUCACUUCCCAGAGAUAACCACGGUUACUAUUUUGCUGGUUAUCCUGUCAGUUUUUUAUCUGUUCUUGAUGUACAUAUUAGGCAAUGUGACAUAAAUAUUCAUGAGGUUGCCUUCCUGUAGCCUUCCCCAUUCCCACCAGUGUCGGAUAUAUUGGGGGAACUAGGGCAUGGAGGGGUAGAGCACAGUUCCAUAAUGAAUAAUGUUAAUAAAAAGUUGAUAAUA